UUAAAAACUUGUUUAGCUAUUAAUGGAACUUGCGAAUUAAUAUAUAAUUUAGUAGAGCGAUAUGGAAAUGAAGUUAAUGAUGAAGAAAGUAGAGCAGCUUUAAAAAUCGCUUGUGAUUUAAUCGUAUUAAUAUUAACUGGGGAUGAAGCAAUGAAUUUGUUGUACGAUAAUGGAAACGGGAUAGUUUACGAGCAAAUGAUAACGUGGAUGGAUUCUUCAGAUCCCGAUUUAGUAAGCACGGCUGUUUUGGCAAUCGGAAAUUUCGCUCGAAGUGACGCCCAUUGUAUUAGUAUGGUGGAAGGGGAAUUAUUUCGCAAAUUAAUUGCUCUUUUAGCAAAAAAUAACAAAAAGGACGCCGACAUUAAGAUACAACACGCACUUUUAAGCACGUUGCGCCAUUUAAGCAUUCCACCGCAAAACAAAUUUAAAUUAAUUCAAGAGAAUAUAAUCGAAAUUAUGUACGAAAUGAUCGACAUCGAAACUUCACCAGUUGUUUUUAAAUUAAUGGGAACAUUUAGAAUGUUAGUUAAUGGACAAGGUGAUUAUAUUUUUAUAUUAUACACUGAAAUUCCUCUAACUUGGGCUGAAUAA